AUGGCCGUCGCGAGGAAGAGAGCAAAGAAAGACAAGACAAAGUUUGAUUUGAAAACAGCUGUUGAAUGGGUUAAAUCUUUGUUUUUAGAACCCAAAAAUUCAUGGAUUAUUGGUUUGGUGCUGUUUUGCGCGGAGUUGGUUGUCAAUUUGCUUGUCGUGUGGAAAAUCAGAUACACUGAAAUUGACUGGCAGGCUUAUAUGCAAGAGGUUGAAGGUGUUAUCAAUGGAACUUAUAACUACUAUGAACUGAAAGGAGAUACUGGACCACUGGUUUACCCAGCAGGCUUUGUGUACAUAUUUGGUGGCCUCUACUACUUGACCAACAAAGGAACAGAAAUAAUAAUGGCACAGUACAUCUUUGUAGCUUUAUACCUACUGUCCUUGGUAGUUAUAUUCACUAUAUAUCAAAAAACUGCAAAGGUGCCACCUUAUGCCUUUUUCUUCAUGUGCUGUGGUUCAUAUCGUAUACAUUCAAUCUAUAUACUACGUCUAUUCAAUGAUCCUGUAGCGAUGUUCUUUUUAUACAUUGCUGUGCUGUGCUUUGUUUGCAAACAGUGGAAUGUAGGUUGUCUGUUCUUUAGCCUUGGUGUUAGUAUUAAGAUGAAUAUUCUACUMUUUGCACCUGGACUUCUACUGGUUCUUUUAAUGACAUUUGGUGUAUGGUGUUCUAUCCCAAGACUAGCAAUAUGUGCAAUAAUACAGGUUAUUCUAGGACUUCCGUUUCUACUGCAUCACCCGAUGGCCUACCUUAUCAUGUCGUUCAACCUUGGUCGUCAGUUCCUCUUCCAGUGGACUGUGAAUUGGAGGUUUCUACCAGAAUGGGUUUUUCUAAAUAGAUACUUUCACAUUUUCCUUCUUGUUCUACAUCUUGGAGUGCUUUGGUGUUUUUACCAAUAUAUAUGGACAAGGAAAUCAGAUAGUGUUAGAACCUUCUUCAAAUGGCCAUUUGUUGAAGAACAACUUCCUUCAGACAAGCUUGUCCUCAUCUUAUUCACCUCUAAUUUUAUAGGAGUAGCAUUUUCUAGGUCAYUACAUUAUCAGUUCUAUGUGUGGUACUUUCACACUUUGCCCUACUUACUGUGGAACACAAAACUAUGGAACUCCGUAAGAAUUCUUAUAUUGGGAUUACUAGAGAUGUGUUGGAAUACCUAUCCYUCUACAGAAYUAUCGUCAUCUACUCUUCAUGCGUGUCAUGCAGUGUUGCUGUUUUCUCURUGGUAUUCAGGGAUGAAYGCGAAGAACGAACGGAAAAUACAGCAUAAAGUGCAAUAGUUCUAAUAGCUKCUAUAUUAAUAAUUAAUAUAUUAUACUAUAUAAUACAAAAAAAAUUCUUGUGUUCUCAUUGGUCGAAAGUCACCCAUGUGAUGCAAUAGUGCCUGCCACUUGUUUCUAUCAGUGCAUAAUAGAGCCCAUCCCUUCUGAAUUUUUUUUUGUUGAACUAUAAAAAAGAUAGAUCAGUUCAAAUCUUGCCAUGGACAUUUUGCUCUGAUUGUUACCCUUGGAAACUGGAAAUGUUCCUAAAAACUGUGUUCUCAGGUAGGCUUUUAACUCUAAGAAGAUGUAAUCCAAUGAAAGGCUUGUUCAAAUCAAAAGCAAAGAAGACAAAAAGUGUCAUUGUUUUUUUUAAGAAAGACACAGCCAAUCGUUGAAUUUGUUCAGACAGAGGUGAAGACCCAGCCGCGUUCUCAGGCGACCAUUGAUUUUUCGGAGCAUCCAGUUUCCACAACACCAAUUACAGUAUAAUGGCUUUGAUUCAACUACUAUGUUGUUUAAAUAGAACUUAAGUCCCAUCCAAGCAUAAUAUCUCUAGUAUUAAUAAACUUACAAAACGUAUUGUGUUAUUACUUGCUUGAUUUAAUGAUAAUCUUAACUGUAACAAAGUUGAUUUCUCUUUAAAAAAAAACUAUUCUUAAAAAUCACAACUAAAUAUACAUCAAUUUUAGAACAUUUGAAAUACUUUUAUGAUAAUAUGAAUUUACCCCCCAAAGAAAAUUAUUAAUUGAAAGUGCUUGAAUGUUCUGUACAUACUAGAAGUUUAGUUAAAAAUGGCAGCCAUAUUGGUGGUACAGUGUAUGUGCCAGAUACUAGUAUCAUUCCACUUCAUUGGUGUAAUAACUUAGUAUUAAGUUUUAUCUUAUUUGUUUAUCUUUGUGCCAUAUAUAGAGUAGAGUUAAGUCAUCAAACCUGUGAAACAAAAUUUUGACUUUUGAAGCUUGAUAGUCACAUAGACACAAAAAAACAAUGCAAUUGGAGYGUACUGGGGUGUAUUAUUGUAACUUCUAUUUCACUGUUGCUGUUUUUUGACUUCACUCUAUAAUUUACAUGAUCUAGUGUGGUCAUAUACCAACAUGGGUGCCAAGAUAUAUUGACUGAAAAUCUGUAAUACAUGUGCUGUACAAAUUAAUCUUUGUAAAACGUUUUUUUCAUUACAUGUAGUUCAUACAAUAUUUUAGUCUAGUAAAUGUACAUUCUCUGGA